UCUCUCUGGUUCUUUUUUUCUAGCAAAGGGUUAUCUCUCAGAUCUGGGUUUUGUUCUUCUUCUCUUUUCUUAACCGAUGCCUCCGAUUCUGCUUCCUCCCCGGUUGAUUGCGUUUGGUCACGAGCCUCGCGGCGAUAGGGUUAAUGUGUAUCAUAAGAUGAAAACCCUUUGCGCUAUCUUCAACUCUCUCGACGAUGGUGAACGGCAGUUCCUUUCUCGAUCUACAUUCGGUCAACUAUUGGAGUUUCCUAACAAACCCGCCUGGUCUGCGAGCUUUGGGAUUUUUAUAUUGGGUAGACAGUUGGAGGUGGCGAAGCCGAACGAGAUUUGGGUGCUCUUUGCCGGAAUUCCUAUUCGUUUUUCUUUGAGAGAGUUCAAGAUUGUUACGGGUUUACCUUGUGGGAAGUAUCCGAAUUUGAAGAAGAAAAAGAAGAAAGGCACUGCGGGGAAGACGAUUCCAUUUUACAGUAAGUUGUUUGGCCUUGAAGAAGAUGUAACUGUAGACCGGGCUAUUACGAUGUUGAAGAAAAGGAUUAUCUCCGAUGCCGAUAUGAGGAUCCGACUUGCUUGCUUAGCUAUUGUCGAUGGUUUCCUUGUCCCUACCUCUCAUUAUCCUAAGAUUGUUAAAGCUCACGCCGAAAUGGUUGAGGACGUGGAUGCAUUUCUUGCAUACCCUUGGGGCCGUCUCUCUUUCGAGAUGAUGAUUAAGUCGAUUAAAGAGAGGGAAAUUGAACAAUUAGCAAUUACUUGUUUUAGCGUUCAGGGGUUGUUAUACGCUCUGCAAUUGGUUGUCUUACAGGCAGCUCCAUCUAUUCAAGAUGGACCUGUAAUUGAUGAGAUCAUUGAGUCUGAAGCUGAAGCCGGCGAUGUCGAUGUUGAAGAUGCCCCUCGAGAGUCUGUCCCUUUCAAGCUAGGGAAUGCUAAAGUGUUGGAUAAAAAAUGCUCGAUUUUUGUUGAUACCAUUAUUUGUCCUGAUUAUGCGUUGAAUCCGGAGGAAGAUUUGUCUUGGUCUGAUGAUGAGGAAGAUGAGAAGGUCGAUAAUAUUCUGAUGUUUGUAGGUGAGGGUCUGAUUUUCAAGAAUGACAUGUUUGAUGGUGGAGUUAUCCCAUCCCAGUUGAAAUUGGCUUCAAAAAAACAAAAGCGAGGUGGUAAAUCCAAUGGUUGUCGCACUAGGAAAGCUGCCAAACUAACUAAGAACGGUGGUGUUAGGAGCAGACAAGAAAGACCUAUCCCUGAGGAAGGCGGGAGUUCAGGAGGUCCUUCGUUGGAGUCUAUUUCCCUUUUGUUGGAUGCCAAACUUGAAGGGCAGGCGAAAAAAAUCAUUGCCGCGGUGACAGAUUGGUUCACUAAAAACACUGUUAUUGAAGGCGAAACCUCGAAAGAGCCUGUCAGUGGGUCUACUCGUCAUAAGAAGGCUGCCAACAAUGGUAACGAUGGUGUUGCUAAUUCUGAUGGUCUGGGUUCCAAUGGUGGUGAUGAUGAUAUUGGAUUUGAUUCUCUCCGCCACUCCCGUGGCCAUGCUCGGUCUCAUUGCCGCGAAGGAACUUCUAAUGUCGAGGCCACUGUGGAUGAAAUUUUAUCUUUCUACUCUGAGAAGGUUCCAACUGGUGUUGGUUGCAAGGAGGCGGGGCGGGAGAAUGCUGUUCCAAUGGGUGAAGAUAUUCUCCAUGCUGGCGAUGUGGUCCAUAAUUCUCAGGGCGUUAACAAUGUUACAGCUGAUGUUCUCCCCCCUUCAGAAUGUGUUGAUGAAGAUAACCCCGAGGACGGUAACAAUGUUACAGGUGAUGUUGCCCCAUCCACAGAGGCUGUGGUUGAAGAUAACGCAGAGCGCGUUGAGAAUGUUCCAGUGAAUGAAGCAUUUAUAACUCCCAACGAGUCGAUCGUUAACGAAGAGGUUCAAUGCUCUCAGCCGACAGGUGGCGUUGUGGCCCCCCCGCGUAAUGCUUUAGAGGAAAGCCAGGGUGUUCCUGCGUCGGAUGAUGGUACUGUUGGCGAGGAGACGCAUGUGGGUAUCCCGGAUAUCUCGGCUUCUCUGCCUUCUGAUGGUGGGGUUGUGUGUGAUGGAGAGGCGGUUGAUACCCCUGAGGCUGUUUCUAUUGAUAUGACAGCAACUAAUGAUCUGGGUGCUGGCCGGGCUGCCCCUUCUGUUGUUUCCUCCCCACGCGAGGAUUCUGAUGAGGAUUUCACCACUCCCCCCCCUUCUAAAGUAGGGAAGGCUCCCUUCCAGGGUGAUUGUAAUGCUAACGAUUUGGAUGGAAUGCUUGGGAGGAGAAGUAAAAGGGUCCGUACUCUUUCUACCAAGCUAGAUGGUCGAUUCCAGUAUGAUAAGAAAACGAAGUUGUUAGUUGGUCAUCCAUCCCCUGUUGUCAACCAAGCUAACAUUUGCGUUGACCCUGAGGAACGCUUCCAAAAUUCACUGAAGAAACUCAAGGCGAUAAGUUCUAUUAGCUUUUGUGGUGGUGUUGCUCUGUCUAAUAAAGAUAUUUUGGAUUUAAUUGACCGGAAGAAAAAUCUUUCAAGCAAGGUUAUGGAUGCUCUUAUCAAGUUUAGUCGUCAUUUGUUGAGGACUGAUGAUGUUGACGGCGAUAAACUACGCGUUGAAGUCCUUGAUUCAAAGUUCGUUUCACAAUUCUGCCGUCAAUUCCCUAAGUUUUCCCGAUGCCCGUCCAAAUCGGAGUUCCAAUUCCCACUGCCACUAACCGAUCUCCUUUCCGGUGCUGGGGAGUCUGACCGUGUCCAGUUAUUCACGGAGGCUGAUUACUUGUAUCUGCCUUUUAACUUUGACAAGAAGCAUUGGGUAGUUUUAGCUGUUGAUCUUAAAUCCUGGAAGAUCAUUGUCUUGGAUUCAAAUAUCCAACGCCGCAAAGAUUCUGCUAUUCUGGAUGAGCUUAUGCCUCUCGCAGUAAUGCUGCCAUACCUUUUCAAACAGGCUGCCUUCAAUCCUCUUAUGGGUAACUGUCUGCUGGAUCCAUUUUCUAUAGAGCGUCCUCUUAUCAUUCCUCAGGUUGCUUCACCCCUUGAUUCCGGCAUCUUCUCUAUAUUCCUUAUCCAUACUCAUGCUACCGGGGGUGUGUCUGAAUGCGUGGAUUUCGAGGUUGGCGGCCUUCAAAGUGAAGUGAAAAAGUUAGUGUCCGCUUUAAUUCUCGCUAGCGGGUCAUAUGGUGUUGGCGGAGACCUCCGUGGUUUUCCGUUGAAGUGUUCGUGUGGAGUAGAUGUGACGAUCUUCACGUCGAAGUCUCAAGAGAAUCCAGGAAGGCCUUUUUUCCGUUGUAAAACGAAAAGAGAUCCGAAGUCGUGGACGAACAAAAGAGAUGGUCAUGUGUUUAAGUGGGUUGAGGAUGCUGUGUACGAAGAGGUUGAAGAUGCUUUACCCAAAUUUGGAAUCAUUGCAAACGAGAUAAACCAAGCCAAAUCCGAGGUUAAUGAGCUUAAUGUGAUGUUACAAGAGCUUAAAGAUGAAGCAAUCUUGAGUAGAAGGGAGAUCCGCAAGUGGAAAGUGUGCUUGCUGAUGUGUUUUGUGUGGCUUUGCUUGAUCAGCAUUCUCAUUGUUUACAUGAUGCUUAGUCAGGCGAAGAAAAAGGAAUUAGCUGUUGGUUAUUAGUUAUUGAAGAAGUUAACUAGGUAAUAAUAGACUCGUUAUCUGAUCGUGUAUGUCGUUUUGUUUAAUUUUUGCGAUUUCUGCUAGAAGAUUUAAUGGGCUACCUUUUUAGAUAGUCGUUAUUUAUUUUACUGUGUAACGUUAUUAUCAUCUAGCACAUAAGCUGACUUACAGCUAAGUUAAUAGACAAGUUGUCUCCCC